AUUGCAGUCACAGUGACUCACCUCUAAUACAAAAGUAAACAAUUAUGGUUUGCGCGCUGGGCAUCGAAGGCAGCGCCAAUAAAAUUGGCAUUGGCAUCAUAAACGAUGGCAAAGUUUUGGCAAAUGUGCGACGCACCUACAUAACACCGCCCGGUGAAGGUUUUCUGCCCAAGGAGACGGCGAAGCAUCACCGCGAGGCAAUUCUGGCACUUGUGCAGGCGAGUCUGAAGGAGGCACAACUUAAACCCAGCGACUUGGAUGUCAUCUGCUAUACAAAAGGUCCUGGCAUGGCGCCACCUCUACUGGUUGGCGCCAUUGUGGCGCGCACGCUGUCGUUGCUCUGGCAGAAGCCUCUCCUGGGUGUUAACCAUUGCAUUGGCCACAUUGAAAUGGGACGAUUGAUAACAGGCGCCCAGAAUCCGAUUGUGCUGUACGUGAGCGGCGGCAAUACCCAAGUGAUUGCGUACUCCAAUAAACGCUAUCGCAUCUUUGGCGAAACGAUAGACAUUGCUGUGGGCAACUGCUUGGAUAGAUUUGCGCGCAUUAUCAAGAUGUCGAACGAUCCCAGUCCGGGCUAUAACAUUGAACAGCUGGCCAAACAGGGCACACAGUACAUCAAAUUGCCAUAUGUGGUAAAGGGCAUGGAUGUCAGCUUCUCCGGCAUUUUAUCGCAUAUUGAGGAGCUGGCCGAGCCUGGCAAGCGGCGCAACAAACGCAAGAAACAGCAGGAUGAGCCGGAGCCCGAGUAUAGCCAGGCGGAUCUAUGCUACUCGCUGCAGGAAACCAUCUUUGCCAUGCUAGUCGAGAUUACAGAGCGCGCCAUGGCGCACUGUGAAUCCAAUGAGGUACUAAUUGUCGGCGGCGUGGGCUGCAACGAGCGCCUGCAGGAGAUGAUGCGCAUCAUGUGCGAGGAGCGCAACGGCAAACUCUUUGCCAUUGACGAACGCUACUGCAUUGACAAUGGCCUAAUGAUAGCUCAUGCGGGCGCCGAAAUGUUCAGCGCCGGCACGCAAAUGCCACUGGAAGAUGCAUUCGUAACGCAGCGAUAUCGCACGGAUGAGGUGCUGGUCAACUGGCGACAGGAUUAGAUAUGGCAGCCCAUACAGUAUGCUUGAUUGUUUAUUAAAAACUACCCUCGACAAAUUGA